AUGAAACAAGCCAUCUACUUGGUACUAUUGACUCUACUUUUUAAUCAAUGUUCAAGUCAAACCGGUUUCCCGAAAAAAUUUCAAGCUACAUUGAAUGUAACUGCAUUACAACAAUAUCCAAUACCAUCUCUAGGCUUUCAAUACUUAUUGUAUGAUUACACAAAUUCAAGAGUUCGUUUUGACGUCGAAGGCUGGCGAUUGAAACAAAACGAAACUUAUAUGGUUCAAUACAAACCCCAAGGUGCUGAAGCAGAUACACCAGCUUCGGAGGGUUAUACAAUGUUCAACUACAAUCCUGAUUAUCCAGAACAGACAAAGAAUAAUUGUUGGUACAGAACAAAUCCAAUGCAAGAUGCAGGUCCAUUCCCAAUCACAUGGUUUGCUGAUAGUUUAACUCUCCAUGAAAUAGAGCCAUGGUUUCCACUACCGUCGAAUCUCAUUAAUAAAGGUGAAGAAUGGAUACCAGAAAUUCAAGGUUAUGCAGUGAGAUAUGAUUCUCCAGAAAUAUGUGAUUUAAGAAAAUCUGGAAUUGGUUCUGUACCUUGUUUAAGUUAUUUCGAAGCACCAGAUAGACCAGUAAAAACAAUUGAAGCCCAUGUUGGUCGAGGAUCUUUCGAUUCAGAUGAAUAUUUAACUACAGUAUAUCUGUCAUUUACAAAUGGUAUUCCAUCAGAAGCUGAACAUUUGUUCGACUUACCUGAUCAGUGGCCUGCAUAUUGUGGCAAUGCAAAUGUGGGUAAAUUACAAUUUACCCAUAUCACUUGGAAUGUAACAUUUUGGCUAUUUUUAGGAUUUGAUGUAGACUCUUCUCGUACAUUUGUGGUAACUCCUGAUGGCCAAGAUCAUUUUAAAUUAACUUUACAAACACCACUAGUUCAUGCACCUAGUGAUCAAGUUAAAGUUGAAUUUAAAGUACAACCAAAUUAUUUCUACAAUGGUACGCGAUGUGCUGAAUUUAGUACAGUUGUUUUUGAUCGAACAAAUUGGAAAAUACCACAACAAGUUGACAUAUCAUUUGUUGAUUAUGAUUGUUGUUCAUAUUCAAUUACUGCAACCGGUGGUGGAUACGAUUGGUAUUAUAUAACACCAUUAAUUGUUGUUUACGCAUGUGACGGAGAAGCUGGACAUGCUUGUAAAGGCAAAAUAACAUGUGGAUUGUGA